GGUCUUAAUCGGGUUAAGAGUGGAUUAUUGUUGUCCAUGUAAACGCAGUCAUUGUCAGGCAGACAGCAGCGUUGAAUGCAAGUGUAAGUUUUCUUUAUUAUUAAACCAGGCAAAUAAUCUAAAAACACAAAUUCAUAAGAGAGGUCAAAUACAGGCAGGUGAUCACCAAACAGGCUUAACAAAGGUAAACACGAAGAGCAGCUAAACUGGCUUGGAAUCACCGUUAGUGAAAAUGCUAGGAGCAUGAAUGAAAGUACAGGCUAUUUAUAGUUUAAAAGUGUUUGUGCACAGGUUUGGGUACUUAGUCCACUGAGCUUUUUCAUGUUUCAUUGAGUUUUGUAGUCUGCGGUGCUGAUGGGAAAUGGAGUUGGAUUGUUCGACUAUGUUGUACUGUAGCAGUGCGUUCUGUUAGCUGGAGUCCGUGAACAAAUUUACUGGACUUUUCAAAACUGGACUAAUUUAAAUUCUCCUCCUCCGUGUUUUUUUCUUUCAUUAUGUAGCGUUUCCAGUCUCUGUGUGCCGCUUCUGGACAAGACGACUCACCCAGCAUCUCCGUCAAUUAACAUCUCACAUUCUAUGGAGUGAGGAAAUCUCUCUCUGAUUUGAAAAAGAGACUCGAGAAAUUCUGCCAGAAGGAAUUCAUCAAACUCCCUGAACAUGCUGCAGUAGUUCAGAUGAUCUUACCCCCACAGAGCAGAGAAGAUUUGCUGAAGUAUUUCUGUACAUUGACAUUGGAUCCCAAUACAGGACACCGUUCCCUUAUUCUGUCUGAGAAGAACAGAGUAGUGACGCGUAAUGAGAAAGCCCAGAGAAUCUCUGAUCAUCCUGAUAGAUUUGACAAUUAUGCUCAGGUGUUGAGUAAGGAGAGUGUGUGUGGAUGCUGUUACUGGGAGGUGGAGUGGAAAAGUGAGGACUCUGUGUACAUAUCGGUCUCUUAUAAAGAUAUUAACAGGAAGGGGUGGGGUAAUGAGUGCCUGUUUGGACGCAACAAGCAGUCCUGGACUCUGGUGUGUUCAUCUUCCACUCUAUCUUUCUGGCACAAUAAUUUGGAGACUGAUCUUGGAGGUCCACCAUCCUCCAGAAUAGGAGUGUAUGUGGAUCAUGGUGCAGGAACCCUGUCCUUCUACAGUGUCUCUGACACGAUGAAGUUCCUCUAUAGAGUCCACACCACAUUCACUCAGCCCCUAUAUGCUGGGUUCAGGAUCUGGGAUUCUGGAACCGUGAGGUUAUGUGACUCAAAAUAAAGCAUCUGUGGUGCAAUCUGGUUAAACUUAAGAAGCUAAACUAUUCAUAGAUAUUGUCCGAUUAUUCAUCUAUACAUUAUAUAUAUGUAUGUAUUAUUUUAAAAUAGAAAAAAGGAUAGGAAAGUACUAGGCUUGUGUGUGGGAACGAAAACACUAGGUUUAACACUAAUCG